AUGUCUUCGAUGCGCAACGCCGUCCAGCGGCGAAACCACCGCGAGCGUGGCCAGCUCCAGGGCCGUGAGAAAUGGGGUAUUCUCGAGAAGCACAAGGAUUACUCACUCCGCGCAAAAGACUACAAUGAUAAGAAGGCGAAGCUGAAGCGCCUCGAAGAGAAGGCGCGCGAUCGGAACCCCGAUGAGUUCAACUUCGGUAUGAUGGGCGAUCGGAACAAUGUGCAGGGACGACAUGGACGAGGCACUGGCGUCUCGCGAGAUUCGGCAGCAGCUCGCGGACUGAGCCACGAUGCUAUCAAACUCCUCAAGACCCAAGACAAGGGGUAUCUGCGGACCGCUGGAGAGCGCAUUCGCCGCGAAAUUGAGCGCCUGGAGCGCGACGUGCAGCUGCAGAAUGGCAUGAACGAUGCUCUAGGCACAAAGAGGCAAGAAAAGGAACUCGCCGAGGACGACGACGAGUUCGGCGGAUUUGAUGAUCUGGAUGAUCUCGACUUUGAUGCCCCAUCACAGAAGAAGAAAUCGCGCAAAGUAGUCUUUGCCGACGACCGCGGCGAGCAGCGAACGCUGAAGAAGAAGCGUGAUCAGGAUGAAGAUGGCAUGGAGGAGGACUCUGACAAGGAAACAUCCACCCGCAAGACUCCUAAAGCAACUGGCCGCCGAACGGCAAGCGCGCGCCGAGCACGAAAGCUCCGCAAGCGUGCCGUCGAGGCCCGGGACAACAAAUUGACGGCGUUACGCAAUCAGUUCGCCGAGAUUCAGGCGGCUGAGAAUGAAGUUGACUGGCAACGGGCUAAGAUGGACAACAUGAUUGGAGGCACAAACAAGAAUGGAGUCAAGUGGAAGAUCCGCGAGCGCAAGCGUUAG